AUGUCGCUCGAGCGCUGGCAAGAGAAAGCACAAAAGGGCAGAGAUAUCUUAGAAAACUCUAUUCCCAAGCAAUGGUGUCUUCCAAAACACAAACUUCCUCCCGUCACCCAGAAGAAUGUAAUCGAUUUACCGAGACAAAGUGGGCUUUUGAGCGAGCGGGAGCUCAUGAUCACCGACCUGUCAGCGACGAAGUUAGUCUCUGAAAUGGGGAUGGGAACCUUAUCUGCCGAAGAAGUCGUGGUUGCUUUCCUCAAAAGAGCUGUGCUAGGCCAUCAGCUGUUGAAUUUCGCAACCGAAUUCCUUGCCGAUGAAGCAAUAUCGCGUGCUAAAGAACUGGACGCAUAUUACAAGAAGACAGGCAAACUGAUCGGACCUCUGCACGGUGUUCCCAUCAGCGUGAAAGAACACAUUGGAAUCAAGAACAAGACCUGCAAUACCGGAUAUGUGGCUUUAAUUGACAAUGUGGCUACGGACGAUGCACACCUCUUGAAACUCUUGGCAAACGCUGGCGCAGUGUUCCAUGUUCGAACAAACCAGCCUCAAUCACUGAUGCAUCUGUGUUGCAGUAACAACAUUACUGGUACAACUCUCAACCCGCACAACCGUACCUUGACACCGGGUGGCUCCUCUGGAGGUGAAGGGGCCUCUGUAGGCUUCCGUUGUGCACCACUUGGUAUAGGAACUGAUAUUGGUGGAUCAAUCCGCUGUCCUGCUGCGUUUUGUGGAGGCUAUGGGUUUCGACCUACGGCAAUGCGCAACCCUUUGGCAGGAUGUCAGGUGUCUUGCAUCGGACAGGAGACUAUUCAUGGAGUUGUAGGACCCAUGGCUAGUACAUCGAUCGAGGAUCUCGAACUUUUCCAAAAAGCCGUACUUGAUCAAGAGCCCUGGGAGACUGAGACAUCCCUGAUGCCAGUCCCAUGGAAAACUGUGACUCCAACACGGAACAUGAAUAUUGCCAUUAUGUGGGACGAUGGAACUGUUCGUCCUCAUCCUCCAAUAACUCGGGCUUUGCAACUUGUGAAAGAAAAGCUUACUGCAGCCGGUAUCAAUGUUGUCGAUUGGGAGCCAUACAAGCAUCAACGUGGCUGGGAAAUAAUUUCAACCCUUUACUAUCCAGAUGCUGCUGCAUUGCAGCGUCAAAUGCUAAGGGAGUCAGGCGAGCCAGCUCGUCCCCUUACCGAAUGGGCCUUUUCAUACGGUCCUACUACCCCACUAACGCACCCCGAAGCCUGGAGACUGCAGUAUGAACGAGAUGUCUAUCGCGAUGAAUAUCAGGAGCUUUUGAAGCGCCGUGGUGUUGAUUUCAUCAUCUCUCCAGCAAACCCGGCAGUUGCUGCUGUUAUGGGCGAGUCUCAUUACUGGAACUAUACUGCUAUCUGGAACGUUUUGGAUCUCCCUUCGGUCGUCUUUCCUUCUGGUCUUACUGUUGACCCUAAGUUGGAUGCAUUGACAGAGCAAGAUAAAAAAUAUGUGCCUCGCAAUGACACUGAUGAAAGAGAAUGGCAGAAGUAUCCGGGACCAGAACGAUAUGAAAGUGCUCCUAUUGCUAUACAAAUUACAGGAAGACAUUUCAAGGAUGAGCAUACAUUGGCAGCGGCCAAAAUUGUGGAAGAUGUCAUCAAAGAUGGAAGAAAAAGCUUCAAACUUUGA